GCACAAAAAAUUCCCUUUACCCCCAUCUCACACUCCACCCCCCCUCUCUCUCGUUUCCUCCUCUCCACCCAACCCAACCCAACUCGGUCGUCGUCGUCGUCUUCCUCUCGAAUCCACGGUUCAAAAAUUCCCUCCACUCGCGCCCAUUUCCCCAAACCCUAGCCGGCCCCGGCUCGCCGCCGCCCGCCGCCCGCCGGCUGCCUACCUCGGCCUGCCGGGAUCCGUGCGCGGAACAUGCGGGAUCCCGGACCAUGGCGACCGGACCCGAUCUGACCCCACCCGCCGCCGCCGCCUCCGCCGAAGCGCCGUCGGCGUCGGCGGCCAAGAAGGACCGCCACAUCGUGAGUUGGAGCACCGAGGAGGAUGAUGUGCUUCGUACUCAAAUUGCGCUUCAUGGAACUGAUAAGUAUGAAUUCUUCCCACUUCCCAUCUCAAUUGACUUUUUUUUUCUAGAUUUAAUCACCAUAUUUUACACUGUUUUUCCUUUUCCUUUCGGUAGCUGGACAAUUAUAGCGGCACAAUUCAAGGACAAGACGGCCAGACAGUGCAGGAGAAGAUGGUACAAUUAUUUGAACUCGGAGUGCAAGAAAGGAGGGUGGUCCAGAGAAGAGGACUUGCUAUUGUGUGAGGCUCAAAAAGUUCUUGGGAACAAAUGGACUGAAAUAGCAAAGGUUGUCUCAGGCAGAACUGAUAAUGCAGUGAAGAAUCGGUUUUCUACUCUAUGCAAAAGGCGGGCCAAGGAUGACGAGCUAUUCAAGGAAAAUGGAUCAUUAUGUUCCAGUACAAGUUCAAAGAGGGCAUUGGUACAAACUGGGUGUCUCACAUCUGGUGCAAGUGGCUCUGCACCACCUAUUAAGCAGAUGAGGCCAUGUAAUUCUGAUUUCAAAGAGAAUAUGACACCAAAUAUGAGAUUAGUUGGACAAGACAAGAGCACACAAGAUUCUCGACAGCCUCUUGCAAUUGUUUAUCAAAACAAUCAAGAUAAUAUGAAUACAAUGGAUACCCAAAAUCUUGUUGCUAAAACUGCAGCAAAACAAUUAUUUGCGGGGGAACAGAAUUGCGUUAAGCAUGAGGGUAAUUUUUUGAACAAGGAUGAUCCAAAAAUUGCUACUUUAUUGCAGCGAGCCGACUUGCUUUGCUCCCUAGCAACGAAAAUAAAUACUGAAAAUACAAGCCAAAGCAUGGACGAAGCCUGGCAGCAACUACAGCAUCAUUUGGAUAAGAAAGAUGAUAAUGACAUGUCAGAGAGCAGUAUGUCGGGAAUGGCUUCACUCCUAGAGGAUCUUGACGAUUUAAUUGUAGACCCCUAUGAGAAUGAAGAGGAAGAAGACCAGGAUUUAAGGGAGCAGACCGAACAGAUUGAUGUGGAGAACAAGCAAAAUUCUUCACAAACUAGCAUGGAAGUUACAUCACAAAUGGUUCCUGACAAUAAAAUGGAGGACUGCCCAAAUGAUAAGAGCACAGAAGACAAUAAUAUGGAACCGUGCCCUGGUGAAGACAUACCAACAUCUGAAAACUUGACUGAGGCUGCUAUCGAAGAUAGCUUGCUUCAAUGUGUGGAAUACAGCUCUCCUGUACACACAGUUAUUCAAGCUAAAACAGAUGCAGAAAUAGCAGCAUCGGAGAAUCUUAGCGAGGUUCUCGAACAUAACAGGCUUCAGUGUAUUCAAUUAGCCUCCCCUGCUCAGACAACUACCCCAGUUGAAGCAAAUGCAGAAACACCAGCUUCUGAGAAGUUACGCGAGGUUGUCAAAUGUAACAAUCCUUCAUGUAUCGAAUUCACUUCGCCUGCUCAUACAGUCCCAACAUUCCUGCCGUACGCAGAUGACAUGCCGACUCCAAAAUUUACUGCUAGUGAGAGGAAUUUUUUGCUGUCUGUGCUUGAGUUGACCUCGCCAGGGUCGAGGCCAGACACUUCUCAGCAGCCUUCUUGCAAAAGGGCUCUCCUUAAUAGCCUAUGAAACUGUUAUAAGUAUAUUUCAGUUUUUUUUCCUGCAUUAUUGGUGUGCCUGGGAUCUAAACCCAAGCCUGCCAUGCAUGCCCCCUCAGCAUGCCUACUAUUCAGCGUGUGUUAGGAGGUUCUUUGACAUACUCCUAUUUGCAUCAAGUUUGGAUAUCUCAUAUCCAAGUUUAGCUGUUUGUAUAUGAGAUCUCAAUUGUUUUAAGAGUCUCAUAGUUUGUUUGGUUGUACAUAUUGCAUUGGCGGUGUUGUAGUAGCAUCAUACAGGAAUUAAAAGGGGCGAUGGUGUACCAAAGAGUUUACAGCUUGUAUCCAAAAUAUAGAAUAAGUACUAUUCUUUGUGUAAUUAACUCUUGUAACCUUUCUAUGUUGUACGGAAUAUAUUGGUUUGGUGUGUAGUGUGAUUUAACAGUUUC